AAGGUCAGCUGCUUUCCGCUAAAACAAGAAGGCUAUUUUGUCUGUCCUACACGACUCCACUCAAAGACAUUGCCUCAAACAGAUGGUGCUCGCUCCAACCUAACCAGCCCUAACUGAGUCUACCUUGGUUUUCCUCCGAUUCAAAGGAGGAAAAAAACAAAAAACGAGUUCCUAUAGCUGAGUGAUGCGAGCGAGAGAGAGAAACAUGGAAGGAGUUGAGAUGGAACUAGAGAGAAGAAGCAAGUUCUUGAACAGUUUGAUACAGCAGAAGAAGAAGGCUAAAGAGCAGCAGGACCUGAAAGAAGAGUUCAAUGUUCGUGUUAGAGCUUCCGAUAUGCCUUUGCCCGUGCAGAACAGGGCCUUCAGUUUGUCCCGUGAGAUAUUGAAUGCCACGCCUGGUAAAGCCGACAACAAAAGACUCGCUCUUGCCCUUAAAAAGGACUUCGAUUCAGCAUAUGGCCCUGCGUGGCACUGCAUUGUUGGGACCAGCUUUGGCUCAUACGUAACUCAUUCCAUUGGAGGGUUCAUAUAUUUCCAGAUCGACAAAGUGUAUGUUCUCCUAUUCAAGACUGCUGUGGAACCCUUAGAUCACCAAUGAAAACGUUCAUCCAAUCUUUAAAAAAUGAACAUCUUCAGUUAGUCCUUCCCUUUCGAUCCCUCUGUCCUGUAUUCACACACUAUUUAUUUCGAGUUCAUUGUGUUAAUCUCCCAAGACAAAAUCUUCAAUACAAAUCGAGAAUAUGUUUUGCGACUCA